UUGAAUAUCAGGGUGAAGCGAGGCCAUAUAAUGCUUUUAUAACUCUUUUGUUAAAAAAAAUACAGUGUAUGAAGAAACUGUCAUACUUGUAUUUGCUCGGUUUCUCAUACAGUAAGCAUCAUUGGGUCUGUUCGGUCAAAUGUAAAGUUUGUGUUCAAGCUGCACUUCGUAUGUAGCUAAUACGUCUACCUCUAAACGUUGUCGUAGUUCCUCACUCAGAAUGGCUCAUCAAAAGGAUCAUUUUGUUCCAUGGUUUCAGAGUGUGUAUUUGUGUUUGUUCUUCAGUUUCAUAUUGCCAGGUGGCAGCCCCUUUGAAGGUGCUGAAUUAUACAAGAACUAUACAAUACUUGGUUGGACGGUCCCCGUAUGCACGCUUUCUCUAUUAUGCAACAGUGACGAAUCAUGUUCUACCAGCUACAAUUCUGAUGGAGGAUGUCAUUGUGAUCCUUACUGUUUUUAUUUCAAUGAUUGUUGUAUCGACUAUCUUAAUGAGUGUAAGACGAACCCUGCUGAUGAUGUCUUCCAUGAGGCUACUGAAGGCAUCGAUCCAAGUCAGUUCUCCUGCGUGCAACCAGCGGGAAAUCCCCGUUACAAUGAUAAGUAUUGGAUGGUGAGCCAGUGUGAUGUACGAUGGAGUAAUGAAGAGAUGAAAGCAAAGUGUGAAGGGCAGGCAAUGGAUGAAGAUCCACUGACAUUAAUGCCCGUUCAAUAUUUGAAGAGUAUCACAUUUAAGAAUGUGUAUGUGCUGUUUGUAACUACAAAAACAUCAGUGGUGUAACACCCUGGGGAAUUGAUGGUACAUGUCUCUCUGAAGAAUACUCAGAUUUAUCACGAAGUGAGUUCUCUGUCCAACAAAUCGGUGAUAUUAUGAGGGACUGCCUCAUUUGGAACUUUCAGAGCCCCUUCUCACAAACGGCUGCAAGGCAGUGCAGAAAUUCUGAAAUUGUAACAUGCGACGUCGAUCGUGAGAAUGAAACAAUGGCUCUCUUGGCGCAGGCUUGUGAGUCGUACACAGGCAUUAUCAGCAUCUACAAAAACCCUCACUGCUUCAUGUGUAACGAGGCUUUAGUUUACAAUCAAACGAUGGAAAGAAUCUAUUUGAAUUUGAUUACAUGAGAUGUCCCCCUUUUACCAUUGACUUUUCAAUUGUUUCACCUAACAUUCCUUACCCCAGUUACCCGAUUUCUGUCCUUUUCGAUUUUUCAUCUGUGGAUGGGCUCUCUAGCCAGGAGCCACUAAUCGAUCUUUCUUGUAGAGAUAACCAAAUAUUUGAUAAGUUUAAUAAACUGUGUAUUAAUCUCACGUGCCCAGUAGGGUAUGAUCUCAUAAACGGCACUUGUCAAAGGCUUCCUGCAAAUUCCCAUUGCUCGUUCAAAGAAGCCAUUCCUAUUCUUAUUGAAGUGGAGUGCAUGUAUAAUGAUGGAGACAUGUCAAACUGCCAUCCCGAUGUGCGUUUACACGAUUACGUAAUUUCUUUAAUCAAUGGCAAUUACUUAUCCUCGAUGAAUCUUACCAUAAGUAGGUUCCAAGCCGAAAUCCAGGGGAAUGAUUCAUUCACCAAAUGUACUCAGAACUUGGACAUUUGGGGCUAUCUAGGAAUCAAUAUAGACGUAUCUCAAGAAAACCUCGACAGUGUUUUCUUGUCAACCAACCAACAAAGCUCAGCUGUGAAUGACGUCUGCAGCAAUAUGACUUUCAUGAUAUCUAUUGGAUGCAGCAACACCAAUGAAAGUUGCCCUAACAGAAUUUUGUCUACGGAUGAAUUUAUGAAAUCACACGACAAUGCAACAGGACAGGUAUUUUUCCUUGGAGAAAAAAAAUACAGCCUUCCGGAAUCUCUCUAUGUAAUUGAAUACGAUAUCACAUCAUCUGGAAUGAACUUAAAACGAGAAAGUUUAAAAGGGUGUCAAGUUCCAUCUGAAACUUGUGCAUUAGUAUCACAGAAUAUAUCACUAUUUGUUGACUUGGGCAAUGGAUCUUACAUUUACUCGCCUCUUAACAGAACCCUGGCGCCGAAUGACUAUCUGGAUGUUGGAAAUGACACAAUUUUCGUUUGCUCUUACGUCUUGGUAAGUGAGCAGUCUUCUGCAGGAUUCCUUCGUUUUACAUCUGCUCAAUCAAUUUUAAGCACCAUCGGUAUUUCCUUGUCUAUAAUUGCUCUUAUCGUAACAUUUGUUACUUAUCUCAAACUCAACCUUCUUCGGAAAGCCACGUCGAACACUCUCAUCAUGAGUCUCUGCAUAACUCUGAUCUUCGCCCAAUCUAUCAUCUUAUUUGGUGGACUAGCCGCGAUGAAUUCUAAUGCAUGCCUCUCGUUUGCUAUCUUGGGUCACUUCGUGUGGAUCGCAGUUUUCUCUCACACAACGGCUCUUGCUUUCGAUUUACACCGUCGAUUCGGCAUAGCAACGAAAUUUGGCCGAACCGAUGAGGGCGCUGCAGUACUUUCAAGGUUCCUUCUGUUUGCAUGGGGAUGUCCAAUACUUGUGGUUGUUCCUUGCCUUGGAAUUUAUUUCAGCGGCACCAGGCUUCCACACUUCAACCUGAACUACAAAACAGGUACUUGUUGGAUCGGUGAUGGUAUGGCCAAUUUGUACGUCUUUGGAAUCCCCGUCGCUUCUCUCCUUGUGGUCAAUCUCAUUUUGUUCGUCAUGGUAGUUGCCGGUCUUCACCAGAUGAGAAUGAGCCCUGUCAACAAACACAAGAGUACAGAUUCUAACAUAUCAUCUGACCUUUUAAUUUACAUCAAGAUGUCCACUCUGCUCGGUUUUACCUGGGUCUUUGGUUUCGUAGCUGCCUUCGCUAACGUCACAGCUCUCUGGUAUAUCUUUAUCAUCCUCAAUUCUCUCCAGGGAGUCUAUAUCUUCAUUGCCUUUAUCUGCAACAAGCGUGUCUUCAAGCUCUGGCAGGACUCUUGUACAUGCCUCGAUAGGGUCUUCUCGACUUCGUCCUCCAAGUCAAGGGCGACUUCGUCAGACGUGGUAACAAUGAAAAAAUCGGACUGGAAAACGACAACUAGCGAAUCGAUGCUCUGACUCAAUUGCUAGGCAUUGCAUCAUGGUCAUCAGUAUCCACAUACUUUAAUGUUCCACUUAAUAAUAACUGAAUACACUUCUUUACUCUCAUUUUCCCUUUCUUACUUUCUGUCUUUCACUCGCUCUCUCUCUCUCUCUCUCUCUCUUUCACUUUUUGUUGGCCAACCGCUAUUCCAUUAUGCAUUGUUUACAUAUAGUAUGUAAAAAUGUUGUAUAUACAUGUACAUGUCUACAUAUGACAAGGACGUCAGUUCAAGUUUUGCUUAUGUAUGACGACCCUUUUUUUGUUUAUGUCUGAUUUUAUAUGACCAUCUUAAGAAUAUUUUUGUGAAGAUGUGUAUUGAAAGUAAAUAAAUAUCAUUAGACGGAACAAAAUUAAAACCUGACGGUUUGCCAAUGCUUACUAAUGGUGAAAACGGGUUUAGCAUAUGAGGUUAAUCGUAGGUCUAAGUUGUUCCUUUUUUUAACGUUAUUUGAGACCAGGGUCGAGUUCGACUAGAUUGUAAAUAAGCGGACCGGUGAGCCUAAUCGAAGUAAAUCUUGAAUAUAAUUUAACUGGCUCUUGUAAAAUAUAUAGAUUCUAAAAAUAAAUGAUUCUACGUGACUUGUAUAGACAAAUGUAGAAAAUGUGAAGUUGAUCACAUGUCUGUAUGCAGUAGUUAAUGUAAAAUUACAUUUCUGUCCUGUUUGAACUCAUUGACCGCCUCUUGAAAA